AUGCCGUCGCUCUUUCGUUCGCUGUCACAGCGAUUUCGCCGUUCGCCGCCUAAUCAGUGCGAGAUAAAACGUCAGGACAGCACACCGAAAAUUGACAACCGACGACAGUCCAGCUGUAAGGUGCUACUUCUUGAUGGCACCGAUCUCAACGUUGUCGUACCGAAAAACGCCUUGGCAUCGGAAGUUUACGAUCAGGUGUUCUACUCCCUUGAUCUUGAAGAGAGGGAUUACUUUGGCUUGCAGUUCACCGAUCACUACCAUGUACAUCACUGGCUCGAUCCUAUGAAGAAAAUCGUUAAACAAGUCCCUAUAGGACCACCUUACACUUUUCGUUUCCGGGUGAAGUUCUACACAAACGAGCCAACAGAACUGGGUGAUUAUAAUCCAAAUGAACACAACGCUUUAUUUAUCUCACAAUUCCGUUUCCACCCUGAGCAGGAUGCCCAAAUGGAGCUAGACAUCUUAGAACGAUACAAACUGUGCAGAGGUCAAACCCCAUCACAGUCUGAGGCAAACUAUCUAAGCCGUGCCAAAUGGAUUGAGAGGUAUGGAGUGGAUAUGCACACUGUAGAAGGAAAGGAUGGGAAUCAGUACACCCUGGGUUUGACACCGUCAGGAAUGCUGGUUUAUGAUGGCAACGAAAAAAUUGGCCUAUUCUUCUGGGAGAAAAUUCAAAAACUGGACUUCAAAAAUCGCAAAAUAACGCUGGUUGUUGAAGAAGAUGCAGAUCAGUCUGCAACCGGACAGGUCCAGCUGCACACGUUUGUCUUCAAUUUGGCCUCUCAUAAAGCGUGCAAACACCUGUGGAAAUGUGCCAUCGAACAUCACACUUUCUUCCGGUUGAAGACUCGUUCCUGUGUAAAGCACUCACGUUCGCAGUUAUUCCGCCUUGGAAGCACUUUCAAGUACAGAGGUCGGACCGAAUAUGAGGCUGUUCACAAAGAUGGCGCUCGUCUAUCACGCAGAACAACAGCAACGUUCGAGAGGAGACCAAGUCAGCGAUAUGGACCCCGACAGAGUCACGCUUUCAAUAAAGCGCCGAUUAAACCAGAAGCCACGAACCCAACGACGACCGGUGUACCAGUAUCUUCUGUACCAACCGAACAGCUGAUUAGCACUCUUUCUAUAGGAGAGACAAUCGAAAAACCGCCUGUCCCCUCAAUACCACCACUUACAAACGCUGUCACUACUAUUCCUGUUACCACGGUGCCCAUGACGAGAGAAAUUGCGCCGCCAAUUACGUCAUUCACCAGUGCACCAUCUCGAGACAACAGCUCAUUCAAUGUCGUAUCUUCCCCUCCAAAACAACCAUCGCCGCCAACAGUUGUACCAUCGGUGCCUUCCUCUUCUCAGCAUAUCACCAUGAUACCGAUAUCAGCAACGAAAGAGAAGAGUCCUUCUCCUCCGCAAGAGAAGGUUACUAUGCAGUUUUCUGAACCAGCGGAGAUCCAUCCGUCUUCCCGUUCAACAAGCAGGAUUCCGAAAUACGUGUCCAACUCAGUUUGCAGGGACCACGGUGAUGAGCCUGAUACGAAGCUUUUGACAACAAGUGAAACUUCCACGACAUCGAAAAGCCCUGUUCAAACGGAUUUGGAAACAGAUCUUGAGAAUGUCUCGCCAUCGUUGCUCACAUCCUCAUCUCCUACUAACAUGAAAACAAAGCCUAACACUGGUAUUCCGAAGCCUUCUAAAAUACGGCCUCCUACCGCUACCACUAAACUCAGAUCAACGGAGACUAACGGUGCACAGGAAGACUCUCGCAUAUCUAAAAUACCAAAAAUUUCGGACGGCUUGCGAACGACGACUAACGGGCAGUGCGCAUUUUCCGGAACCACGCACAUUCCUAUCAGGACUGGUUUUGACCGAACAUCACAGAGUCGGUUAAUCACUGAUUUGUAA